AUGAAGGCUAAAGGGAGGAUUUUAUUGCUAACUUCCUGCCUUUUUCUGCUGCUGCUGCUGCUGGCUAAGAUCCACUUGAGGAACCACCAGGAAGACGAACUUCCGCUCUCAGACUGGUUUGACCCCAGGAGACGCUUGGAUGUUAUCACGGCCACAGACUGGCUGGCCCCUGUCAUAUGGGAAGGCACCUUUGACAGAAAGGUCCUGGAGAAAUAUUACCAGAAGCAGAACAUCACCGUGGGCUUGACUGUGUUUGCUGUCAGCAGUCUCAACGGCCAGUACCUGGACCCAUUCUUGCAAUCGGCCAGCAAGUUCUUCAUGCCUGGCUAUCGGGUGAUCUUCUACAUCAUGGUGGAUAAGUCCCUGAAGUUACCUGAAAUGGGGCACAACCCUCUACAGUCCUUCCAAGUACUCGUAGUGAGCCAGGAGAGGCAGUGGAGCGACUUUGACCUCAUGCGCAUGACAGUCUUGUCCAAGCACAUCCGGGAGCACAUCAGGUUUGAAGUGGACUUCCUCUUCAUCAUGAGUGUCAACAUGGUCUUCCAGAAUGUGUUUGGGGUGGAGACUCUGAGCACGUCUGUGGCUCAGCUCCAUGCUUGGUGGUAUUUCCGAAAGACGACGCAUGUCCCCUAUGAGAGGAGCCCUACAUCAGCGGCCUACAUCCCCUUCGGCCUGGGGGACUUCUAUUAUGCUGGUGCCAUUAUAGGUGGAGUGCCCUUUCAGGUUUUGGACUUCACUCAUCAAUACUUGAAAAGUGUUAUUUUGGAUAUAGAAAAUGGAGUUAACAGUACCUAUGAAAAGUACCUCAACAAAUAUUUUUUCCUCAACAAACCCACCAAGCUCCUAUCCCCAGAAUACAGUUGGGACCAAACCUUCAACAUCCCUCAGCAAGUGCAGUAUGUCAAGGUUGCUCAUUACCCCACAGACGACUUAUGAUGCAGCAGCGUUGAUGGCCUCAGAGCCAACCACAGGAGUGCCUCCGAGACACAGACUCACGUUAAACACCCACACUUCAGAGACCCAAUAAUCUAUAUUAUUUCCAAAAUCAAUUGCUCUUUCUUGUAAUUUCAAAUUGUCCAACUUGACUGAAUCGAGGACGAAUAAAAGGUGGCACUUCAUGUUCA